UAAUAAAGCAUACCUCUAUAAAAGGUCAUUGGGAUAUUGAUGAAAGAUAUCUUAUUCGUUGAGAUAUUUUUUCAUGAAAAAACUCUAAGAACAAAGUCAGGUCAAAUGUAAAGUGACGUCUUAGGUUUUUUCAACAAAUGAACAUGAUUUUAUUGAGUAUGAAGAAGUCUCUUAUAUAGUCAAUGUCUCCUUCAAAUAUCAUCAUUACAAUUACAAAGAUAAUUAGGGAUGUACAUAAGGAAAAGACAUUCAAUUAUUAUUACAUUGUAAAGGUAAUUAGGGAAGUACAUAAGAGAAUUAGAGGUAAUGAAGGGAGGGAUUUGGGUAAUCCCUGUUAAAUUAUAUUUACCAACGUGCUUAGAAAUGAACUCAGACGCUUCUUGCCUACGACCCACGGGUGAUUGACUCAAGUCAAUGCAUACUUGGUCGUCCACCUUAGGACCAACAAGAUGUUCACAACCUGGUAAUGAGACGAGGGGGCUGCCUCCUGGCGCUUUUUCCCAUGGGCGGCUUACUCAUGUCCUCGGGUAUUCGGUCAACCUAAUAAGAUUCCGACACAACAGUAGUGACUCGGUCAGCCCAACACACUAACGGUCCAAUAUUAAUUGGGCCAACAAAAUACAAAUCUAGAGUAGCUUAUGCAAUCCAAAUCCUGUCUCUUUAAUUAGUUGGGCUUUUGUGACUGAAAUUUGUUUUGGGCUUGGUUUUUUGGCCUGCUAUACAAAUGUUGACCACGUGUCAUCUAACCGUUACCCCAUUUUCCCCCAGUUUCCAUAGUGUACUCAUUGGUUUGUUUUCUGCAGCAAACAAAAUCUUCAUUGCUUGCUUUCAAAUCUUCACUCUACACAAACAAGAAAACAAUUGAAAAUCGUUGAAUGAAUGAGUACUCUUUGCUUCCUCUUUCCUCCAUUGAUUGAUGAUGGUAUUUACUAAACUCACCUACCAAGCAAAGACAAGCUUCAAUUUGAUUGUUUCUGAAUUCUGAUGAUUUCUGUGGGGCAUGAAUGAAUGUCAUGUUACUUGCAUGCCACUCUUCUAAAUCCUUAAAACUUCCCGUCAUUUUCCCAGUGUGUCACUAUCUGUGACCGUUAUAGCGAUACCCACUUGAAUUUUUUCAAAUGUCUGAAGAAGUUGAAGCCAUGAUGCCCAUGACAGUUUUUGAAGGUUUCAGAAGAGUUAAGCGCUUUCGGUUGUUCGAACCGUCUCUGGGUGUUCUUGGGUUCGUUGUUGUUACCGCCAUUGUUGGUUGCUGCUUCUUCUAUUUGGGCAACAGAGACGUUGCUGCUAGAUUCGGGUUCUUGGACCAACCUCAGAGUUUUCCUUGGUUGCGGUUGAAGGAACAAAGCAGAGUUGAGUUUCUUGGAGAAAAUGGUGUUGUUGGUGGUGGUGGGUGUGACUUGUUUGAUGGGGAAUGGGUUUGGGAUGAGAGCUACCCCUUGUAUCAGUCAAAAGAUUGCAUGUUUUUGGAUGAAGGGUUUCGGUGUUCUGAGAAUGGACGACGUGAUUUGUUUUACACCCAAUGGAGAUGGCAACCUAAAGAUUGCAACAUGCCCAGGUUCAAUGCAACAAAGAUGUUGGAAAGACUGAGAAACAAGCGCGUAGUGUUUGCUGGGGACUCAAUAGGGAGAAACCAAUGGGAAUCGCUCUUAUGCAUGCUCUCUUCUGGAGUUUCUAACAAGGAAUCAAUCUAUGAAGUGAAUGGAAACCCAAUCACAAAGCACAAGGGGUUCUUGGUUUUCAAAUUCAGGGACUUUAACUGCACAGUGGAGUACUAUAGAGCUCCAUUUCUUGUAUUGCAGAGUCGGCCUCCAACAGGAGUUUCUGGAAAGAUUAGAACAACUCUAAAAGUGGAUAAAAUGGAUUGGAAUUCUUUGAAGUGGAGCAAUGCAGAUAUCCUGAUUCUUAACACAGGGCACUGGUGGAAUUAUGAGAAAACCAUAAGAGGGGGUUGUUAUUUCCAAGAAGGCACGGAAGUUAAGUUGAAAUUGCAUGUAGAAGAUGCAUACAAGAGGUCCAUGGAGACAGUGUUGAACUGGAUGCAAAGUUCAGUAAAUCCUAGCAAGACACAGGUUUUCUUUCGCACUUUAGCACCAGUUCACUUCAGAGGCGGGGAUUGGAGAAAUGGUGGAAAUUGUCACUCGGAAACACUACCAGAUCUCGGUUCUUCAUUGGUUCCUAAUGACAACUGGUCGCGAUUCAAAGCAGCCAACGCGGUGCUAUCAUCACAUACAAAUGCUUCUGAAAUUAUGAAAAUCAAGGUAUUGAACAUAACCCACAUGACUGCUCAGAGAAAAGAUGGACAUUCAUCUAUCUAUUAUCUCGGUCGUGUUGCGGGUCCUGCUCCUCUCCAUCGCCAAGAUUGCAGUCAUUGGUGUUUGCCCGGCGUACCUGAUACAUGGAAUGAGCUGCUUUAUGCUAUGCUUCUUAAACAUGAAGUUGAUCAGAGAUGGAACUUGUUCCAGUCAUGAGAGACUGAGAAUUAUGUUAAUUGUGCUGCUCGGAAGAAUCAUGGAGCUUUUCUGUGCAGGAAUAUACCUAUUCUUUCAUAGAAUAGAAGUGUUACAGAGAACAAGAUGAGAUAUUUUACAGCAGAGAUCUGCAGUGAAGGACUGAGGUAUCAGAUUUUUUUGCUGCAAACACCAAUGAGAAUUAUUUGCCUUUAGAAGGAGCUCAACAUUUUGGAGCCAUUGACAUCAGUUUUGAAAUACAAUGCUGGUAGCUUCAAGAAACCAAUAGUUUCUCACUUUUGGUUAUCUUGUGAUUAGAUGAGGGAAAGAACAAACUGUAAUUUAUCAAUUUUUUGUAUGCUAUUAGGACACAGUUUUGGUUACAAUUGAAAAGAUAAUAGUAAAGGAAAAAUGCUUCUUCAAACUCAUUAUGCUAGCUAUUACUCUUUGGGAGGGAGUAUGUUUUAGGGUUAAUUGUCAUUUUAGUCUCUGUAUUUGUAAGGCGGUUCAAAUUUCGUCCCUAGCCGAAAAAGGGUUAUGCGUUUAGGGUAAUGAUGGGAUUAGUUCUCGCCUAAGGCAGAGCUCGGGGGAUUUGCUUAAGUGUUCGACCUGAGCUGAUGAGGCAUGUCGCAUGCCCACACGAUGAGUGACAUGUCAAUUGAGAGACUAACCAAAUUUUUCUAUUUUUAAU